AUUGCUACCAAUUUGUAAGACGAGCCGCUAAACAGAAAUUUUGAUUUUUGGAGUAUUGUGAGCGCAGCACAAAUGAACUUCAGAUCAAAUUCAAAUUAUCAAUUACUAAUUUACAACAGAUUGAUUAGACAAUCGUAUACCCAAGAUCAUUCUUAAGCAGCUAAUAUACAGUAGGUAAUCUGUACUGAUCUAUACCAUCCCAACUAGACAUUGCCAAUCAUUCAUUCGCAUCACUCAGCAUUUACUACAUACCUAUAUUCAUUAUAGAUUUGAUUAGUGAUUAUCUCCACAAAACACAUUUAUGCUUAAUUUUACAGGUCAAACCAAAAAACGUACAGUUCGUUUAGGAGAUCGAUCUGUUCCUCUUGGUCCGAAGGGGAAUGGAGAUUACUUACAACAAGCCAGACUUCAAAGAAUUCAUCGUGAAGAAACUCGUCAACGUGAAAAAUCAGCCGUUUUACUUCAAAGGCAAAUUAAAAAAUAUCUUGAUUUAAAAAGUGAAGGACAAGUUUUUGAAACUCAAUGGUUGGAGAAAUAUAAUCAAUGGGAUGAUGAAAGGGAUUGGAAUGUAUGGUUAUCCCAAUUGCCAUUUUUAAGUAAAUGGAUCAUACCCAAAGAAAAUGAAGAUUCCAUUAAUAAGUUCAUAAGUAUUGUAGAAGAUAUAAUAAGUCAAUCACAAUACGUGACAACACCUUCACAACAUGGUCUUAUACUAAAUUCCUUAAUAGAGUUACUUUCCCGGAUUCAUACGUCAAGAGAUAUGCUUAUCGGUUGCAUUAAUGACUUGCUUAUAAAAUAUCCAAAUAUAGAUAGUCCGAAAUACUCCGAAUUAGUCACGUUGUUAACUAGCUGUUUAACCAAAGGAUCCAUAUCAGAUCACGGAUUAGCAAGAGAUAUAGCUUUGAAAAUUGGAAAAUCCCAACCUAUCAGUGGUAUUUUCAGUUUAUUAUCAAGACCAAAUCUCUUUGAAGGUGUUGUUAGUGGUGAUGAAUCAGAAGAUUAUUUAACUAUAUUCAAACAAAUCUGGGAUCAUUCUUCAAUUAGUGAAUUAACUCGAUUGGAUAACUCGGCAUUCAUUUCAUUGAUUGAUAAUUACUUAACCCUUCAUACAUUGUCAGAAUUUGAUGAAUUUGAUUUCAAAGUUCUUGGAACUAUCUUGGAAAAUUUAACAACGAUUAGUAUAAGGGAAUCAUCAACCCAAGACUCAAAAUCAAUUGAACAUGUAGUAGCCACAUUAUACUCCACCUCAUUCAUCAAGUCUGCUAUUUCAUUUUUAUCAGACGAUAAAGAAUCAUUAAGGACAUCUGCCUUACAUAUUAUUUCCCAAUUAGUGUCAUUCCAUCCCCCAUCAAAAAGUAAAUUAUGUAUGUUAAUAACCAUUACUCCCCAUGCAUUUACAAAUUUGUUCUCCGCUAUCAAAUCUCAUGCUAUAUUCAAAGGAUUCCUUUCUUAUACAUUCCAACAUCAAGAUUAUGUCCGAUUCAGUCAAAUAAAUCAAAUUUACGGACCUUUAAAGGAAGUUGAUAUCAGAGUGUUUUGGGACUUAAUCAGUACAUUUGAAGAAGUGUACUCAUAUUGGUUAAUCAUCUCCAAUGAUCUUGAAAGUUUUCUGAAGGAAAGAUUAAGUCUUGAAGAAGUAUCUAAUUUUCUUAUAUUUUUAAAAUCAUUAAGUCUAACUUUGAUAUUCCUCGGUAACAAAGGUGUUGAUUUAAUUAAUGAUUUCACUCGAUUGAAAAACAUAUCAAUCUCAUUAUUGAAUCAAUUAUACUCUAAAAAUUUACGGUUAAAGUUCUUACCGGUUGAAUUUUGGAAACUUUAUGAAAUCAAAUAUGAUAUAAAUGCUCUUUUACCAGCUGUAGCUGAAGAUGAAGAGAAAAGAGUUCGUGAUAUGGAUGCCGUCCAAGAAGAAGAAGAUGGAUUUGGCGAUCUUUGGAUGGAUAUACCUCAACCACCAAGAAGGAAAAGUACUAAUUAUGAAAAGAUUGGAGGUGAUGUAUCUUACAAACUUGAGAUUUUGAAAAAAGUUCCAUUUUUCAUUGGAUUUAAUGAUAGAGUUAAGAUUUUCCAGUUCUUAAUUGAAUUAGAUAAACAACGUAACGUGGUAUAUAAUCCAUUUUCAUUCGAUGAUCGUAAUAAGUUAUCAGGUAAUAUCAGACGUGAAAAUCUUGUUCAUGAUGCAUAUAAUCAAUUCCAUACUGCUGGUGCUGGUUUAAAGAAUCAAUUGAGUGUGGCAUUCUUUAAUCAAUAUGGCCCUGAAGCGGGUAUUGAUGGAGGAGGAAUUACUAAAGAAUUCUUAACUAGUGUAGUUAAAGAAGCUUUCAGUCCUGAGUUUGAACUUGAAUUAUUUAAAGAGACUGCGGCUGAGAAUCAAAUUUAUCCUAAUGAUGAUAUUUUCAAAAAGAUUAAUAAACAAAUCGAUGUUCCUAAACAACAAGAACGUCUUCAAUAUUUAAGAUUCUUAGGAAAUAUAAUGGGGAAAUGUUUAUAUGAGAAUAUUCUUAUGGAAAUUUCGUUUGCUCCAUUCUUUUUAAAUAAAUGGUGUAAUCAAAAUAUGAAGAAUUCAAUUGAUGAUUUGAAUUAUCUUGAUCAUGAAUUAUUUGUCAACUUGAUGAAAUUGAUUAAUAUGUCGGAUGAAGAAUUGAAUGACUUAGAUCUUAACUUCACUAUCAAUGAAUCAAUUGAUAAGAAGAAUUAUUCAUUUGAUAUCUUACCUCCGAAUGGAGAGACAACCCAAGUUAAUUCCAGUAAUAAAUUGAAUUAUAUCCAUCAAAUAUCGAAUUUCAAAUUGAAUUUUUCACUUCAUAUUCAAACUCGUCAAUUUUUAGAAGGGUUGUUUCAAAUUGUAUCUUCAAGUUGGUUAAGUAUGUUUGAUUGUUUUGAAUUACAGAUGUUAAUCUCGGGAGCUCAGAAUGAUAUUAAUAUUCAAGAUUGGAAAGAGAAUGUUGAAUAUGGGGCUUAUUUCGAUGAUGAUUUAACCAUCAAGUAUUUCUGGGAAGUUGUAGCAGAAAUGAAACCUGAAGAACGAUUUAAAUUAGUUAAAUUUGUUACAUCAGUUAGUCGAGCUCCGUUAUUGGGAUUCCAAGCAUUAAGUCCUAAAUUUGGGAUUCGAAAUUCUGGUCUGGAUAGAGAUAGAUUUCCAACGGCAUCAACUUGUAUUAAUCUAUUGAAGUUACCUGAUUAUCGAGAUAAAGAGUUGAUUAGACAUAAAUUGUUGUAUGCUAUUAAUACUGAAGCAGGAUUUGAUUUAUCAUAGAAUUUACAACUAUAUAGGCAUAGGUAUAUCUCAAUG